AUGUCAUACUAUGGAAAGGGUACAAUGGAGAGUUCUUCUCUGGAAAUUGACUUACUUGAUACCAAUGAAGAAGGAAAACUUUAUGUGGUUGAUUCCUUAAACAACCUAAACAAACUGCAUCUAUGUUCCGAUGGAUCUCAACACCUGUUAACAGCCCAGGAAGAAGAGAACACUGGCGGUUUUAUGACAUGGAGCAGCAUAAGUUGCCAACAUUUGUUCUUCGUCACACUGAUCAUUAUUUUGAUUGUCAGUUUGGCGCUUGUUUCAUUUGUAAUAUUCUUAACAAUUCACACUGGCAACAAGAUGGAUGAAGUGACAAGCAGACUAGCAUUUGAAAGGAAGAACACAGAAGAUCUUAAGAAUAUAAACAAUAUGAUAUUAAAGCAUCUAAACCAAUCAGGAAUUAUGGAGAAGGAAGAAAAUCUCUUCACAGGUCAAACACCAUCCACUCCUUAUCUUCGUAACUAUUUAUUUCCCCGUUCAAAGCUGGAAGCAACAGUGCAGUAG